AUGGUUUAUUGUAGAAUUGGAAGUGGUGAACAAGGUCAUUUUGCCAGAGAAUGUUCUGAUGCUAGGGGGAAAGGUAUGGUUGUUAAAAGUGGAAAAUUUUUUCAACGUGGUGAAACAGGAGGAAUUAUGAUUGCGGAGGUCAAUCUUCUAGACACGGAAGAAAUCGAACUUCUUGUUAUUCACAUGAGGCUGGGACUGAAAUCACUACAACCUUAUGAUAGUCCUGAUAAUAAUAAUGGUGGCUACAACAGAUCACCAAGAAAUCGAUCAAAAGAUUUAGUUCAAUCAGCAACAAUUAGACCCAAGAUACCAGUAAUAUUUAAGCACCCAUUAGACCUGAUAUUGUUAGAGUGGUUCAUACCAAUAUUUCAAAAAGUUACUGGUCACACUGUAGCACAUAUCCCUCAUGUAUCUGGAGGUGGAACACAUUCUUUUGGCAAAAUGUGUCAUAGAGGAUGUAUGUUUGCACCUAUAAAAAUUUGGCAUAAAUGGCAUGUUAAAACCAAUUUAAAUCAAAAAAGAUAUAUCACUGUGUUAUUGUUAGCAGCAUCAUCAAUUGCAGCUUUGGUUUUAACGCAUGGACAUAGAAUUGAAGAGGUUCAAGAAGCUCCAUUGGUGACAGGUGGAUGGCAUUGA